AUGGAAUUCCCGAAACGAGAAGCUGGAAAGAAAUUGGAGGAUGAGGUGGCGCUAAGAAAGAACGUCAAGCGAGAUGAUAGCACUCUGGCGGGUGCGGGAGGAGGGGGUUCUUUGUUUGCCCACAACGUGGACGAGGAAUUUGGGCAGGAGGACACCGAGGCGGCCCGAAAGCAGGAGCAUAGUGAGGACAACAGCGAGGACGGCGAGCAGCAUACCCAAACACCUGCUUCCAAGAGCCGGAAGGAUGAGAAACUGGAAGCGAAAGCAAGACAGAGGGCUCAGAAGUUGGAGAGGGCGACUGAAGAGAGCACGAAUGAGGACGCAGGCGGCGAGACAGAUGGUGAGGAUGCAGCCUUGGCUGGACAUGAAUACGAGGCCCUGGGAGAUGACGAAGACAACGACGACGACAACUCUGAAGACCUGGAUCAGGAGGGCCUGACGCACAAGAAGAAGAGGCCCGCACGAAAAGGGGUCGGGCGAGGGAAUGAUGCAGCCAUCGAGCGUCGCCGAGAAAAUCUUGGCACCCAACUCGACCGUUUACACUCGGCCAACGUCGGUUCCAUUCAAGCUUUGAGAUUCGACGAAGGCGUAGGAAACCAGGCCGAGCAUGAGGCCCCAAGCGGGGGAGGCCUGUUCGGGCUGCCGGGGGACUACGUCUACAUAUUCGCCAUAAAUGACAACAAAGCGUCCUGGGACGAUCUUGAGACGAAGAUCAGCGCAGGUAUGACGCAAACAGACAAGAUCGAUAUAGGAGUUCAAAGGCUGGACCAGUCCGGUGGUGAAGCAGGCAUCCAGAUGGGCGAACUGUUUCCCGCCUUUGCAGACACAGCACUGGGUGAGCUUGUGAUGAAGCAACUGGAGUUUAAGUGUGCCUUUACAAACGAACUCGAAGGAUAUCGGUUUGAACUGAGCUGCAACAUCAGCCUUCCACCGGGGAACCCGCUGAUCCCGACGAGCGUCUUGUACAUGCUCGGCUUGCGUCAAGACUCAGGUGACACCACUCGAUUCUCAGCCCUGCUGCCCGAGCCACAGAGCUGGACAGAAGAGCUUGGGGUCUCCAGUUUCAUCUUUGAGUCCGAAGAGGUGUCCAUCAACGCAUACGCCCCACCCUGGGGUGCGAUUAGCUACUCGCUGCGCUUGAUCGGCUUCGAUUGUCUCGACCAUGGCCCGACAUUGGAAGGGAUCAGCGGGACAAGAAGCUACAAAACGGCCGGUUUUGAUGUCCGCGGCAGGCUUAAUUUGUGCGGUUGCGACUUCGAUCUGGAGAUCGUUCCGUUGGCCGAGAGGUGGUCACCAUCGGCUCCCCUGGAGCAGGUGGAGGAACACCCCGAGGUCAUUCCUGUGAUACGACUGAGUCUCUCGCAGGUAGAGGAAGAGGCCAACCUUUUCCGCGUGGGACCAUUAAAGAUGAAGGACGUAGUCAUCACAAAGGACUACAACGAUGUCGAGGCCAGCCAAGCAUCUCUGCUUGAGUUUUUGACACAGCCCUUCGCAAAUGGUCUCUCGGUGGACGCUUUCGUUGAAGGUCCGGGGGCAGAGUUCGAUAUCGAAUUGAACGGCGACGUGCGGCUCAUCUCAGAGGAGAUCGUCCUCCAUGUCUGCUUCCUGGACGUUGACCGCGAUGAUUUACUACUCAUCUGCAAAGCUCUCUGCAGCGGCAAUGGAGGCAGAAAGGCAGAAGAAAUGGAAGAGGGAAUCAUAAAGAACGUCCCGACCUGCGCACAUCUUGCCAAGAAACAUUCUGAACUUUCACAACCCCAGUGUACGGCGGCGAUCUGCAAGCUGGAUCUGUUCGCCUACAGCAACAGGCCCUCACAGAUCACAUUACACUGCAACGACAAUCCCAUCGCCAUGGCCGUGUCCACCCGCCCAAACGAAUGA